CCGUCAUCAAGAUGUCAUGGCACCCCCAGUACCGGAGCUCCAAGUUCCGCCACGUCUUUGGCAAACCAGCCAGCAAGGAGAACUGCUACGACUCCGUGCCCAUCACCCGCAGCGUCCACGACAACCACUUCUGCGCUGUGAACCCCCACUUCAUCGCGGUCGUGACUGAGUGUGCUGGUGGGGGGGCCUUCCUCGUCAUCCCUUUGCACCAGACGGGAAAGUUGGACCCACACUACCCGAAGGUCUGCGGGCACAGAGGGAACGUCUUAGACAUCAAGUGGAACCCUUUUGAUGACUUUGAGAUCGCCUCCUGUUCCGAAGAUGCCACGAUUAAAAUCUGGGACAUCCCCAAGCAGCUGCUGGCAAGGAACCUCACGGCCUGCAGGAAGGAGCUGGUGGCCCACUCCCGCAGAGUGGGCCUGGUGGAGUGGCACCCUACGGCCGCCAACAUCCUCUUCAGCUCUGGCUACGACUACAAGGUGAUGGUCUGGAACCUGGAUACAAAGGAGUCUGUAAUCAUGAGCCCCGUGAAGACAAUUAACUGUCACCAAGACGUGAUCCUCUCCAUGUCCUUCAACACCAACGGCAGCCUGCUGGCCACUGCCUGUCGAGACCGCAAGAUACGAGUUCUCGACCCCCGAGCAGGGGCAGUCCUCCAGGAAGCCAGCUACAAGGGGCACAGGGCCAACAAAGUGCUGUUUCUGGGGAACCUGAAGAAGCUGCUGUCCACGGGCACAUCCCGAUGGAACAACCGGCAGGUGGCCCUGUGGGACCAGGACGACCUUUCUGUGCCUCUCACAGAGGAGGACCUGGAUGGCUCCUCAGGUGUGCUGUUUCCCUUCUAUGAUGCGGACACCAACAUGCUCUACGUGGUGGGGAAGGGAGAUGGGAACAUCCGCUACUAUGAGGUAAGCGCCGACAAACCUCACCUGAACUACCUGACUGAAUACCGCUCCUAUAACCCGCAGAAGGGGAUCGGUGUUAUGCCAAAGAGAGGUCUCGACGUGUCCUCCUGCGAGAUCUUCCGCUUCUACAAGCUGAUUACAACCAAAAGCCUCAUCGAACCUGUAUCCAUGAUCGUACCCCGGAGGUCAGAAUCCUACCAAGAGGACAUCUACCCACCCACAGCAGGUGCCCAGCCCUCUCUGACAGCCCAGGAGUGGCUCAGUGGGAUGAAUAAAGGGCCAGUCCUGGUGUCCCUUAGGCCUGGCUCCGAGCUGCUGAGCACUCGUCCUCUGCCCCCAGAGAGACCCCUCUCCAACCCCAUGGCCCCCACCUCGCCUCUGCUCUUCAACCAGAGGGAAAAGCUGGGUGCAGAAGAUGGCCGGAGGCCCUUCUCCCUGCUGGAGGAGAAGGCACCAAGGUGGGCGGCAGAACACAGGCUGGAGGAGAAGAAAACUUGGCUCACAAAUGGCUUUGACAUCUUUGAGUGCCCCCCACCAAAGACGGAGAAUGAGCUGCUACAGAUGUUCUAUCGGCAACAGGAUGAGAUCCGAAGGCUCCGGGAGCUGGUGACCCAGCGCGAGGUCCAGGCCAAACAAUUGGAACUGGAGAUCAAAAACUUGCGGAUGGGCUCAGAGAGGUUCUGAGCAGAGGUCUCUGCCCUCCUCGCCUCAGGGACACCACUCAGCUCCACGGGGAGGUCCAGAACCAAACCACAGGUCCCCCAAGAACAGCCACUCUUUCUAUAUUUUUUACCAGAAAUGAAACUCUUGGUUGCUGAAGGAUUCCAGUGGGACCUGGUGCCGUUUUUCUAUUUGCCUUCUCGAAAAACAAGUGUCUGAAUUGACUCUUUUUAGAUGAUACCUUGCCUUCUGUUUAAUUGCUUUGAAGGGUCCACAAUAACUUCUCAAGGGGAAGAACAUUGUAGAGUUAGAGCUGGAAGGACCAAAGAGGUGAACCUGCCUGGAAUUUCAAACUGUGGUCCAUAAGCAAGGGGAGAAGGCUAAGCAGGAGGGCUCUGCCCUCUGCCUGCUGUUGCAACCAGACAGCUCCCCUCCUUUCUGUUUUAUAUAUUGGCUUCUAAGGAAUACAGAAUUCUGCUACUGAAAGAGAAUUUUGGUUUAAAAACCAGUAAUGUGGCGCAACCUCCUUAUUUGACAGGUGGGGAAACUGAGGCCUGGAGAGGCAAGUAAUCAAGGUCCCCAGAGAGUUCAUGGCAGGGCUGGGCUGAGCACCUGGUCUCCUGGGUCUAUCUCUGCUGUUUGAUGCAGCAGAUGUGCAGGUCUCAGCCCACGGGGCAGGAAUCUGUUGGUUCUGGCCUCAGCUGUGUCCCUGACUUGCUCAGUGACUUCUUGCAAGUCAUUCCCUCUCUGGUCUCACUUUCUCUGUCUGAACAAGGGGGCCCUUGGAAUGGGCUGUCCUCUGUAGGAUCUGCCGCCUGAGAUAAGAAACCUUGGCCUUGACCUGAAGAAAACUACGUGUAGGGUGAUGAUCUGGGUUUGCUGCAGGAACGCAAAAGACAUUGACAAAGAGGCAGCAAGAGUUUAACUUCAGGGAAAUAAGUCAAGGUUCAGCAGUAGAACACAGGCUGGAGGCCACUCUCUCUUCAACCAGAAUCCAUCGGAUGUGGAUACACACUAUUCCUUAUGUGGGGAUGCAGACAGCAGAGUGGUGCCCAUGACCACUGACUGCCACCACCAAAGCCCUCAGGUCACAGAGCCUGCCUCCAGGAUGAUGUAAGCAGAUUUCAGGCCAGGGUAAAAGAAGUCUCCAGGAGGUAGUGAGCCCCACACUGGAAGUGUGCCAGCAGAACCCCAUGGCUGGCCACCCAUGAAGGCUUCUGGAGUAGGAUGACUACACCAGGCAAGGAAGUGGGACCAGUUGGCCCUGACCUUCCCUUCUGGCCUGAGAGUUUUUCUGUGUCCCUCCUUUAUGAAUCUGUGUUCUGAGCCCUUUCUCUAAGGUUCUCUCUUUUUCAGUGGUCAAUACAGCAGCCCAGCUAGAGAUGGGGAAUGUUGGGAGUUAAAUGUGCCCCUCCUUGCCAAGGAGGUGCAGAUGAUGAGUUUUGCCCAUUGCACAGGAUGAUUCUGGAGCCAAGAUGGGAACAGCAGGAGGUCACCUAGCCUGGUAGGUUUCAACCCAGGCUGUACAUUAGAAUCCCCUGGGAGCAUUCAGGAAAUAGAUACCCAAGCCCAAUCCUGGACCAACUGAAGUUCAAUCUCCAGAGUAGGGCCUGGCCUUGUGUAUGUUUUUAUAAGUUUCCAGGUGAUUCUGCAAUACAGUGAGGAUAGAGACCCACUGGGCUAGUCAACUUUACCUAUUUGCAGUAAAGAUGAGGACAGUGAGUACCAGACAGGUUCUGAGACUCCAACUCCAUCUUCUAAGCCCAGGCUGGAAGCUCCUAAAAACAUCAAGAAGCAUUAUCCAGGGUGUCUCUGGGACCCCCAGCUGCAACACGAUAAGGGCUCUGUGCUCCUGACUGCCCCCUCCGCUAGGUGAGGCUACAGUCACCUUGUGUGCCCGCACAUGCUAGAUGCCCACGAUCCUUGUCGUGUUUACUCAGCUGCUGGGGCCCGCCAAGCUUGCCAAAGGCCAAAUCCCAGGCAUUGUCAGGGAAUCAGAGCUCCGCUGGCUGGGAUUACCUCUCCCACCUCAUUUGUGGCCAGCACUUCGCAGUUUACGUAGUCCUCCCACCUCCACUCACUGACACAUCCUACUCUAAUACGGGUCAGCUAGGCGUUAAUGAUCCCCACGUUCAGAAGGGAAGACCUAGCCUCAGAGAAUGAAGAAUCGUCAAGCCCAAGCCCAAAGGCACUGGCUGCCAGGCGUGGAGGUGGGGCUGGUCUGGGAAGCUGCCUGCAUGCCUCCUCUUCACAGAGCCAUCCCGCCCUUCUCAAGCUCUCCCCGCCCCUAAGGGACCCAGACCUCAUGCUUACGAAGGCAUCCAUGAACAAACUUCUUUUUUCUUUUUUUUUUACAUCUAUGGUAAAUUAUUUAAAUUAUUUCACAGCAAGGGAGAGGGAUAGGUAAUUUUUAUCAGAUAUUUUUUUAAGCCAUUUUUUAAAAUUACAUUUAUGUUCUUGCCUGAUGAAAUGGGACUUGCCCAGCACUUGCAGGGCCCUCAGGCUCAGGGCAAGCAGAAUGUGUACUCAUCUCCUUACUCCAUAUCCUGGGAGCCCCCUGACUGUUGACUCAGGAACUUUCUGAGAAUGAAGACAGCCCUGGGAGAUGAGCUUUGGGGUGUAUCCACCUUAGCUCUGCAAUCAUUGAGAUUGUAUCAUAGAGGGAAGCAGGAAGUGAGAAAUUAAUCUAUGCUUUUCAUAUGAAACCGUGCCUGAAACAGUUUGAUUGGUUUAAUGUUGUUUCUGAAAUUCCUUGUACCUUUGUAAAAAAAAAUAAAAUAAUAUAAAGAAAUAAAAGUGAAAAUAUAAAUAGA